GUGAUUACACGUGUUGUAAACAUACACAUUUUGUAACCCUUUUGAUUCAUGUUACAAAAGACUGCACCACGUUGAAGUAGUACCCUUGUGUAUCGAAGAAGGAAGAAAACUGCAGACAGUUAAGAGAGUGGACAGUCGACCGCUUUCGCCAUGACGCACAAUUGUAUUCACUGGUUUCGGAAAGGACUGCGGUUGCACGACAACCCAGCCUUGAUUGCUGCCAUGCGAGACUGCAAGCAGCUCUACCCUGUAUUCAUUCUCGACCCUUGGUACCCUAACAACACAAAAAUUGGCAUCAACCGCUGGAGGUUUUUGAUUGGGGCCCUCAAGGACUUGGAUUGCAGUUUGAGAAAACUUAACUCCAGGCUCUUUGUGGUGAGAGGAAAGCCGGAUGAAGUACUCCCUGAACUGUUCAAGAAAUGGAAGAUCACACACUUGACUUUUGAGGUGGACACCGAACCACACAGCCUGCAGCGGGACAAGGAGGUCCUGAAACUGGCAGGGGACCACGGAGUGGAAGUUAUUCAGAAGAUCUCUCACACACUUUACAAUCUGGAGAGAAUUAUAGAUGAGAAUCAGGGGAAGGCACCACUGACCUACGUACGCUUCCAGACAGUUCUAAAGAGCAUGGGACCACCCAAAAAACCAGUGCCGCCUCCCACUCUGGAAAACAUGAAAGGAGUGUCCACUCCAUGCACAGACGAGCAUGAGGAGAAAUAUGGCAUCCCCACUUUGGACGAACUUGGCCAAGACCCUCAGCUGGCCAGUCCAGAGGUCUUCCCUGGUGGGGAACAAGAGGCUCUGAAAAGACUGGAUGAAUACAUGGAUAAACCGACAUGGGUGUGCAGUUUUGAGAAGCCCCAGACAUCCCCUAAUGCAUUGAGUCCCAGCACCACGGUCCUCAGCCCCUACAUACGCUUUGGCUGCCUCUCGGCACGCACUUUCUGGUGGCGACUCAAUGCUGUCUACCAAGGGAAAAAACACUCCGAGCCUCCAGUAUCCUUGCAUGGGCAGUUGCUGUGGAGAGAGUUUUUCUACACCGCUGCCUUGGGAGUGCCCAACUUCAACAAAAUGGAGGGCAAUCCAGUGUGUGUGCAGGUGGAUUGGGAUAGUAACGCAGAUCAUUUGGCAGCAUGGAGAGAGGCUCGCACAGGAUUUCCCUUCAUCGAUGCCAUCAUGACCCAGCUGCGGCAGGAGGGCUGGAUCCACCACCUGGCCAGACACGCCGUGGCCUGCUUCCUCACCAGGGGCGACCUGUGGGUCAGCUGGGAGGAGGGACAGAAGGUGUUUGAGGAGCUGUUGUUGGACGCUGACUGGGCUUUGAAUGCUGGGAACUGGCAGUGGCUCUCAGCAAGUGCCUUCUUCCAUCAGUACUUCAGGGUCUACUCACCCAUUGCCUUCGGCAAAAAGACAGACAAGCGUGGAGAGUACAUCAAGAAAUAUCUCCCUCUUCUGAAGAAAUUCCCUGAGCAGUACAUAUACGAGCCAUGGAAAGCGCCACGGAGUGUUCAGGAGCAGGCGGGGUGCAUUGUGGGAAAGGACUAUCCACGGCCCAUUGUGGAGCACGAGGUCAUCAGUAAGAAGAACAUCCAGCGGAUGAAGGCUGCCUAUGCCAAGCGCUCCCAACCAUCAGAUGAGUCCCCGACCAAAGAGAAAGGUAAAAAGCACAAAGGGGGAUCUAUUAAAGAUAUGUUGACCAAGAAAAAGAAGAAAUCUGUGUGAAACCGCACAUGACUCUUGCACAUGAAGUCCCUGUUUCUAAAUGCAACUACUGUUUACUGAACAUUUGGAUUAAAAAAGUGCUGCAAGACCUUUUAACUGACGCACAAUAAUGCCCUGCCAUAUUAUAUGUUACAAAAUAUCCUUUUUAUUCUCAACUUUUUUUAUGCUGCAAUUAUCCUAUUGUAAAUUGAUGCUGCUCAUUAUCUGUAGCAAAUAAACCUUAUUUUCUUUGUGUAUUAAA